AUGUCAGAAAAAGAAACAAUCCCCGCUGAUCGCGAGAUCGAGACCGAAGAAUCACCAACGCUAGCUGUCGCAGUCAAAAGUAACUUCCGCGGCUGUCUGCAAGUCCUCGAAAUUGCCUGGAUAGGCACAUUCCAAUCCUGGCUGCUAAUCGUCGGCGGUCUUCUCUCCGGCCCGCUCUUCGAUCUCGGCUACAACACCGCCAUGAUCUUCGUCGGCAGUUUCGUCUCCGUCUUCGGCAUGAUGAUGCUCAGUCUCGCUAAGCAGUACUACGCCAUCUUCCUCAGCCAAGGCGUCUGCAUGGGUCUCGGGUUUGGACUAUUAUACGUCCCCGGCGUGGCAUUGGUCAGUCGAUCGUUUCAGCAGAAAAGGGCUGUUGCGCUCGGUGUGGCGACGAGCGGGGCGCCGGCUGGUGGUAUUGUCUAUACGAUCAUGUUCAACCAGCUUAUUGACAGACUGGGGUUUCCCUGGACGGUAAGGGCUAUUGCGUUUGUUAUGUUCGCGCUGUUUAUGACCGGUGCGGUGUUGUUGCUUGGACCGGAGAUUAAGACGGUUAAGGCUGAGAGUACGCAGAGGAGGAGUUUGAUUGAUAUGCGGGCGUUUAAGGAUUUGCCGUUUUGGAGCUUUGUUUUCGCCAAUUUCUUCCUUUAUUUGGGAUAUAUUACGCCUUAUUAUUAUAUUCCGACUUAUGCGCAGACGAGGCUGGGGUCGUCCAGGACGAUGGGGUCGAAUGUUUUGAUGAUUUCUCAGGCUGCUUCCAUUCUGGGCAGGGUUUUCUUGACUAUCUUUGCUCAUUACUGUGGUUCGAUGAUGGCUUGGAUCUUUUGUGGGAUUCUUUCCGGGGUGCUGUGUAUUACUUGGAUCAGUGCCGAUACCGUUGCGCGGUUCAUACUGUUUGGUGCUUUCUAUGGUGGCAUCUCUGGGGCUUUGGUUCCCCUCCCACCUAGCGUGUUCGCCCACGUCUGUCCUGAUCCUAAGAGUAUUGGGACUUGGCUGGGUAUGGCGCAGAGCUUGAGUAGUUUUGCGACUCUUCUGGGACCCCCGAUUGCUGGUGCACUUGCUUCCAUUGGGUCUCAUGGGAGUGAGGAUCUGAACUUCCUCGGUAUUCAGUUGUUUAGUGGGACGGUCAUGUUGUUUGGUGCGUUUCAGCUGUUUGGAUUGUGGUAUUUACUAUACACGGUGAGAGGGAAAAAGGGAUUAUUCUGA